AGCAGGGUUUGAAACCCUGUACCCUUCCAGGUCGAAAAACCAUAUGACCUCGGCUGGGGAUGUGGAGAGCGAGUUGUGCACCCCAGCAGAGGUGGAAGUGAGAGGAAGGCCUACCGACGUCAGCUCAGGCUCGCUUAUCAGUGGAUCGAGAGGGAGGCAUUUCGUGGUGGAGGACGGGAAAUAGAUAGAUAUACAAGGCCGCAUCGCAUCGCACAGGUGGGCAGGCGAAAAUGGAAAAGAAUCCAUCCACAAGUGCCCUGCCCUCUGCCCGUGUGUUGUUGCUCUGGUAGGCACUCGUGCAUUUCAUCCAUCACAUGGCGUUGAGAUGGCAUUGACCCAUCCCGGCCUCUUGCCAUGAAUGACGGCAACUUCCAAAUCAGCCAAUGCGACGUCGACGCGGCCAUCGCCAAGGUGGCCAUCGCGACACUCUCGUCACCGCAUCAGCCGUCCGAUGACGCCUUUACCCAUGGCCUCAGCAUACUCGGAAGGGCAGCUCAGGGCGCGUUGGUGGCUGUACGAGAGGGAGAGGUGCAAAGUUGGGUUAGGGAGCUGUUAGAGCGGCUUUGCAACGAUCGGCUGCUGCAGCGUGUGCACGCCGCCUUCAUCAAUGCCGGCAACAGGGCAUGCCAAGAGUCGGCGGCCAAGGUGCUGCGCCUUCUGGGCGACCAGUUAUCGUCCGUAGAGAUCAAAAGGUCUCUCAUCUCGGCUGUCGGUGGCUCGCCCCAAACCUUCAUCAGCUCGCUUGCCCCAGUGUUGGACAAUACCAACCUGGAACGGCCCGCAAGCAACACGGUGGAGUGGGUAGCCUUCUAUCUGCUGUUUCACAUCCUGCUCAACGGCCGGGAGGAGGGCAAUCGUGUCGACUAUCUCGAUCAUUUGGUGCAGCAGCACCCCGCCAUCCUCGAGAAGGCCAUCGAGUGCCUGGAGAAGGCCCCAGAGACCGUGACUCGCAGCAUGAUGCCGUUUUUCUUCCUGCGGGCGGCGUUCGACACGGAACCGGGACAGUUCCCCCCCUUCCCAUGGGCUCCCCUACCGCCCUUUGUGUUUGUCGGUUGUUUCCGGGCGGCAGUACGCAUCAUGGCACACGAGAGGAAGGAUAUUCGGGACACAUAGUAAGCAAGCAAUCAAUCGCACACAGACAGACAGGCAGGGAGUGCUGCGAUGGAUGCUGCUGUUCGUUCUUCUUUGUUCCUUCAGCGAUAGUACGGCUAAAGACCUCCGAUCGCUCAUCCACUGCGGGCACAUUCGCCACUUGGCCAAUGGAGGUGGUCAGGCCCGGCACACAAACAUGGUACUUGUGCGGCUAAUGUCCUGCACGCGCCCUUUCAGGGUCGGAUGCUGACCGCGCUGAGUGUCUGAAGGCGCUGCAGGAGCACAUUUACCCCCUGGUAGAUGUCAAGCAAGACAGACACCGCACAGCACAAACACAUGUCUGUCUUGGCUAAUGUGGCCAGAUCGACACACUGGCCGCCACGCUGACGUCUCCUGACGCAGACGAGGGAAUGCGCCGCGGUGCCGCCCUGUGUGUGGAGGACAUCUUCGAGUUCUGCCAGAUGUUCACGACGGCGACAGGCCUAGGUACGUACACGAUACACCCCCACGUGGGGCGGGGCGCCUGAGUGUGUUGGAUCACUCUGCAGGGGUCGAUUACAUUUCUUCUCUGCCUGACGGGCCCGCCCAGCGUUUGAUGAGAGUUCCGAAGGCGAUGGAGACCUACACCGCUGCGCGUACGGACGACAAGCGGGAUCGCGUCAUCUUAUUAAGUGUCCCACUUAUGCUGGCCGGUGACCAAUCACAACAGAGAGGCAGCGGAGAGAGGCUGUUGCGUUGUGCUGUGCACACUGUCUACUCCCUGCCUGCAGUGUGCGGCUUUCGUGCCGAGGUGUAUCGCGCUGGAUGGAUCUCGAUCAUGUCGCAGCUGCCCUCCCUCAUCAGCACGGAAUCGCAAGACAGUCUGGUCGACUUCGCUGACACGCUUGUGUCGAUCGUCGGUCCGGCCACAGACCUCACUGACGAACGGGCAAGGGUUAGUCGCGCAAGCAAGCAGGCAGACAGGCCGGCAGGGAGGAGGGCCAUGUAUGUGUGUAUGCUGCAGAUCGCUGUGCGUGAGGGUCUCCCCGUAGCUCUGUGUGAGAUGAUCCUCGAGCUGAAGCGCGCCCAGGUCGACCAGCAGAAGGUGGACAGAUUCGAAGAAUUUGCCGUCGGCACUCUGAGUGCUCUCGUCAGGUCACACACUCACUCAGUCACACACACACACACAGACCUGCCCGAUCCACAAAACUCACUCCACCCUCUGUCUGUCUGUCUGUCUGUCGGUGCAGCUAUGGCGAUCACGUGAGCAGCCGAGGGGGCAAAUCCCGUCCCAACUCCGUCACCCAGGCCAUCCUCCAGCACGAGUCGGUCAAGGCCAUGCGCGCGGCCGGGCGGCAGCCAGGGCGACGCAAGGGACAGCAGCAGCUGAUAGUGCCCAAGGAGGUGUCACACAUAAGAUGACACACACACAUGGCUGCUGACAGGGGGCACAUGGACUGCAUGUUGUCUUUUUUUGUAGUUGUUGGAGUUCUUUGACCUGAUAGAGCGUGCGGCCAACGAGCUGGCCGACUCACUCCUGGCGGCAGAGCUGGCAGAUGACCACAUAGAUGAGGGCAAGAAGGACACCAACACCAGCAGCAGCAGCGGCAGUAGGGGCGGCAAGAAGCGAUCGAAGGGCAAGAGGGGCGGCAGGGGGGCCAACGGCACCAAGACGAUCGACAUCAACGAAAUGGAAGCAUCCUCCAGGUGGGUGAGGUGGACAGACGGGAGAAGAGGCCGGCCAUCCAUAUGGACCGCUGAUGAUGUGUGUGUGUCUGGUGGUCUACUCGCAGUGUUGGCGCUGACAACAUAGACGUGGACCCCCUGAAGCAUGACCACGAGGAGGACACAGAAGACCACCAUGACCUGCCCGACCCCCCCACCCCCUCACCCCCGUCCCCUCCCCGACCCUCAUGCUCAUUCUCGUCUUUAUCGGCGGCUGUAGCUGCCGGCAGUUGGCAGCAGGUGGGGGCGGGUGAUGGUGGUGGUGUCGAGGGCGGCGGCUUCGUCACGGUCGGUCGUAGGAAGAGAGGCAAGGGAACCACCAAGCCGCCACAGGGCGGCCAUGCACAGCAGCAGACGGACAAAACCGACAAACCACACGACAGGUACAAGCAACAAGACCAACCGUUUCUAUUGUCUGUCUACUCGUGUCCUGUGUGAGUGUGUUCAUUCAGCUCUAACACAUCAGUGCUGCCCUCUUCGUCCGAGUCGACUCGCCCCUCCUCAUCCCACUCGUCGGUGCGUGACGACCCCGGCAAUGCUUCGCCCCUCCCCUUCACCCUGCCGCCCCGCACAUCCCGCCCUGCACCUCCAGUACCAUCCCACAUGGCCGGCAAUGGUGCAUCGGGCGGCUAUGGCGAUGCUCCAGUGUCUCGUGGGGCGGGUCGCGGCCUCGGGGUGCUCAUCAGGCCGCCACCGCACGAGAUGCAGCAGCCGUCAUUCCCUGUUGCCAACGUGGCAGCCCCCACUGCAUCGUCGGCCGCCAGUGCAUCACCUGUCGCCAUUGCAACAGUUGUCGCAUCGUCAUCAUCCAGCGGUGUUGGCUCCGAGGGGCAUGGCUUUGCCCCGUUGGCAGGCAUUAGUAGCGGUAGCAGUAGCAGUUUGCAGAGGGCGGCGGACGACGAGGGCUGCGGUGGUCAGGGCAGGUACACAUUUACUUACGCACAGGGAAGCCAAGGAAAACGGGCACACAGACGACAGCCAGCCUUGGCCGCACCUGUCUGUCUGUCUGUCUGUCUGCAGGUGUGAUGGUGAGGAGGUGAGUGAGGUGGAGGCGCUGCGGCAGCAGCUCGAGGCCAUGCGGAUGGAGAAGGAGGCCAUACUCAAGGAGAAGGAUGACAUCAAGCGGGAGAAGGACAGGCACGUGAUCCGAUCAACACGCACAUGAGAGAUGGUCGCCGAACGGAUGGCUUCUGUGUGUGUGCAGGCUGGAGGAGAGCACUGAGUGCGACAUCUGCAUGGCUGACAAGAGAUGCAUCGUGUUGGUGCCCUGCCGCCAUUUCUGUCUGUGCGGCACUUGUGCGGCCACCCUCAUGAGCCGCCCCGUAGACCAGCGGCUGUGUCCCAGCUGCAGACAGAAAAUCACUGCCACAAAACACGUCUACACAUGAGAGAGAGAGAGUGAGG